UUUGGCGCGCCAGUGCGUAGUUAAAUUUUGUUGUUUUUGGCUUAAUUGCGGUGCAGCACCAAUGCUCGCACCGAACGCCCGACCAUGCUGCGGGAACUAAUUGCCUGGGUGUUGAACAACUACCUCGGGAAAUAUGUGGAAAAUCUCAACACGGCCCAGCUGACAAUUGCGCUGUUAUCGGGUCAGGUAGAACUAGAAAAUCUCCCACUGCGCAAAGAUGCGCUGCGACACUUUGGCCUACCGCUACAGAUCGUCAGCGGUACGAUCGGCAAGGUGAAGCUAACCGUACCGGUACGGGCGUUCCGCACCGCUUCCUGGUGCUUGUACAUCGACGAUGUACAGGUUACCUGCGGUCCGAUCGAUCUCGAACAGGACUGGAACGCCGAGGUGGAACAACAGACCGAACUCGACCUAAAGGUAGCUUCGCUCGAUCGGCUAGAGGCAAAAUGGCGCGCCCAACGUGAAACACCCGUCACCGAGGGCAGCUAUUAUGCGUCGUCUUACACCGGAUGGCUCAACUAUGGCACCUCGCUCGUGACAAACAUUAUCGAAAAUUUGCAGCUCACUGUAAACGGCAUCCACGUGCGGUACGAGGAUCGGCUUACCAUUCCGAAUCAACACUUUGCCUGCGGUAUUAAGAUUGAUUCACUAUCGGCACAGAGCUGUGACGCAAGCUGGACACCGGGCAAAACGGCAAACUGGAGCACGCAGCAUGUCACCUUCAAGCUGGUCGAGCUGACCAACUUUUCCGUGUACUGGGACCCGCAGGCUCAACACGAACCGAUACACAUGAUCAGUCCGAUCAGUGUGCGGGCCCAGCUAAGGCGAGAUCGCAGCGAGACGCCACUGAGAACUCGUAGCCGACCGCGAUUAGUGUGUGAUCUAAUUUGGGAAGAAAUUAAGAUAGCUCUUAGUGAUAUACAAUACAAUCAAAUGAUGCAGUGUGUCCGCGGGCUGGAUGAUAUUGCACGCUUUCGUAGGUUUAAACUACAGCGACCGACAUCGCCAGUGGGUGAGAGUGCUCGCGAAUGGUGGCGUUACGCCGUUAGGUGUCACGGUCUCUGCCGACAUCUGGGUGCGGAUCCGUACGUGAUAGCGAGUGAAAAUUUACAGUACAUUCGAAUAUAUAUGCGCAUCGUGGCCAACCCGAACGAGGUACUGUCGAGUGCGAACAAACAGUUUAAGGAUCGGAUCGAGCGUGAUCGUACCUUCGAUGAGUUGCGGCUGUUGCGAGACGUCUGUAUGAUGCAAAUGCCAAAGUUGGAGAAAAGCUCGCCUCCAUCUGCAGCACCGACGGGCAAAUCGAUGCUGGUACAUUACUUCCCUCAGUGGUGGUACAGCAAGAAUAAUAACAAUAACAAUAAUACGGAGGGAUCGGAACAGCAACGUACACCUCCCGGAACGGGUGAAGAUGACGCAAUCUCAGGCACGACUGAAGAGUCGGCCGGCCAACAGCUAGCAUUAAUGGGAAGCAGUGCGGAUGUUUACUGGGACGGAGAACUAAGCCCUGUCAGUAGCUUUGAAGACGAAAUUCUAGACGCGUUGGCCGGUUCGGUGGAAUCUAACUCACUGCUCAAACGUGACGCAGUGUUUGGGAAGUUUAAUUUUAUCCUUAAGCGUGGUACGCUCGAUUUUUGCAGUUCGCUCGAGAUGGCUCCAAAGCUGCAGUUCCUAUUUCAGGAUCUGAAAAUGGAUGUGGAGUCAAGACCACGCAGUGGUUCCCAUUACGUCGGUCUUUCGCUCGGUUCUAUACUGAUCAAGGAUCGUCUCACUCCAAACUCGCAAUUUCCCGAUCUGGUUAAACCGCAGCAGAAAGAUGAAAUAAAUUUGAAAGGCCCAACGCCCACCAGUACGACGACACCGCUCAGUGGGAGAUCGUCGUCAGGGCGGCUCAGCACGACAUCUCUCCCACCGGUCGAUACAGGAGCGAGCGAACCCAUCUUUCAGCUUCAGUACGAACGGAAACCUCUUUCGUACGACACCGACUAUCGGUUAAUGGUGAAAUCGGAAUCCCUUGACAUCGUGUACAACAUGGAUGCCGUACGAUGGUUGGUAGAUUUUCUGGCCAAACCACACCAGCAGUACGAUGCUCGCCGAAGGCUUGAGGACAUGAAGAACAAAACUAAACAGGAGCUAAUGAAAAAUUGGAACUACAUUAUCGAGGGUCAUCUAAGUGAACGCAAAACGUGGACGCUGGAUUUCGACAUAUCGGCACCACAAAUUAUUUUUGUAGAAAAUUUUAGUGAUCGUAUCAACAGCACCAUUGUGGUGGUUGAUUUUGGUCGCCUACAGCUAACGAAUGGGGAGAAUGGAUUUAGUUCGAGCAAUGUGAAUAAUACGGAUGCAACAGCAGUAGCAGCAACUGCUAGAGCAUCGGCAGCAUCGAAGUCAAGCACUGGAGGCUUUUUUGCUGGGCAGCGUGAUAUAUCCCCCGACAUACAGACGGAGAACGAUGAAGACGACGCAUUUAUGACACCAUGCUCCACGCCACCCGGGUCGGAAGCGAGCACUACGAAUUCACCCACCUUGGUGAGUGCGUUUUCUGAGGCACCGGAACUGAGCACGGGCGAUCGUGCGACGGCCGGUGCUGGUAUUGUUACGGCAGCCGCGAUCGGAGAGGCACUGGACGAGUAUCAACUCUAUCAGCGUCUGUACGACCGGUAUUAUCUUCAGCUGACAGAUUUGCAGGUGUUGGUAUGUCACGCCAAAGAACGCUGGACAGCGGCUAGUUUAAAAACCACCUCGAACCUGCACGUUCUCGAUCGGUUUAGUAUCGUGCUGCAGGUGGAACGACGCGUCGUCUAUACGAGUGAUCCACAGUAUCCUAGUUUAACGCUUUUGGGCACACUUCCCAAAUUGAACGCACACAUCAACGAGUACAAAGUAUCCUCCAUACUGACACUGGUGAACAAGUUAAGCAAAGCUGGUCAAUUUAAUCAGGGCGCAUGGAAUCAAUCGCCACCAGUGCAACCGGAUGAGGUAGAUCGGAACUUGGGAACGACGACGGCUGGCUCAAAACAAACCACCAACACAUUGCCGCUCGGCACCGCAAACGAUGAGGAAGAGGCAAGCCGGGCAAGUUCGCUAGACAAAGAAUCGGUCACCAACAUAGUCGUGUUUCAGUUUACCAUCGAUCAAAUGUCGCUGGAGGUACAGUCGCGUGGUCGUAGUGUGGCGGAACUGCAGGUUUCGGGCGUAAAAGCCGGUUACAACCAGCGGCCGGAAGACGUCAGUCUUAUGCUAUCCGUUCACGGUCUGUUACUGGUCGAUGCGAUGCAAUCUUUUGGGCAGGAUUUUGAACUACUGAUUGCUAGUCACCGACACGUAGGCAUGGACAGUUUAUCAGGAAGUUUGCGGCAAAGUGAACCAUGCUCACCCUGCUCACCAGCAUCACCACCAGAUCCGCACAUGGAAUAUCGUCGGCCAACAAGCCCGUUGACGAUAUCGAAAGCGUUAAACAACUUACAGCGAGCAACUUCUCCCACAUGGAAUGCGGCCUCACUGGGGGAUCUAGAUGCGCUGAUCACGGUGGAGAUUGUUUUCGUGACUGCUGAACGACCGGAAGAUAAGCUCCAGGUGGCCAACAUUCAGUUCAACAAUCUGGACAUUAUUGCAAAUCAAGAAACGAUCGUAGAGUUGCUGGGCUUCAUCAAACGUGUUAUACCGGUACCCGUGCCAGCGCCACCUGAUCAGAGUGCCAGCGGAAUGUGGAAUGGAGUUGAUGAGGCGACAAAAAUGCUUCCAAAUCAGACAUCCGAUCUUACGGCACAAGGUUCCGCUACCGACACAACCCGCCGACCAUCGAUUUCGACGUCAAGCGAUUCUCCUCCUGCCAAUCCGGUGCGUCUCGAAAUCACGUUUGAUUUUCAUCGUCUGAACGUGCUUGUGCUGCGUGCGCUAAUACGUGACAAUUAUUUAGUUGGCCGAAAGGUGGGCACAUUUACAAUGUCCGAGGCAAAGAUUCAUGCCACACUGGGCAGUGACAUCACCGUGGAAGGAUCUUUGGGCGGUUUGCAAGUACUGGAUCUAACACCGGAAGGUGUAAACCAUCAGCGCAUACUUUCCGUCGGUAAAGACCCACUGACGGAGGCGGCCAGCUCAACUGUGCCACCGACGCGCUUCGAUACCUACGAUUCGGCUGGACCGGAUUUAAUGGCGUCGCUUGCGCAGGAGGUGUAUGGCACCGGAAUGGGACCAAAGCGUACUGAUCACCACCACACAACAAACGCCACCGACGACGGAGGAAUGCACGAGGAGCGGCAGGCACUAUCGUUCUGCGUUUCGAAAGAUCUGCACGCAUGCAUCGACAUCCGCGUCAAGAUGGCGUCCGUGUGGUUCAUUCACUGUGCCCGCUUCAUGCAAGAGCUUAGCUGGUGCGCUACCGAGUUUAAACACUACCUAAAGAAUUUGGCCCGCUCCAUCCGUGAGAAAGCGACCGACAUGGCGCUUGGGUUGGUACAGUCACGAUCGGAUCCAUCAGGCAGUCGACCGGAAAGUAUUUACGCUUCACCCAGACGUGUACGCCGGCAGCGAACCGUGUCACUAUCGAGAACGCAGGACGUACUGCUAAACUCGGACUAUACUCUCAAGCUGGACAUUACACUCGAUACACCGGUCCUGAUUCUUCCACGAAGCAGCAGCAGUCCUCAGGUACUCGUAGCACACCUCGGACGAAUAACCAUCAGCAACACGGAUCUGGCGUCCAGCGGGGAUGAAGGAUCGGCUUCCUUCUCCUCCCGGGAGCGUAUCGUGGUGAAUCUCUCGGCAAGUCCUCCGCCCAGCACUGCCGGACAUGAAGAGCUGGGUGGAGGAUUACUGUUCAGCGGAGCCGAUCGUACCUCAGUCGAUUGUAAUCUAAGCGAUCUGGACGGCAUUUACGAACCAACGAUGGAUGGCGAAAUGGAGGGAAACCCAAACAAUACCGCUAGCAGUAGAAUACGCUUUGCCAAGGAAGAUUCGACGGAAUUUAUCGAUAGCAUAGCGGGUGAUGCGGGCAUCAUCGGUACUGCUGGUGGUGGUGUUGGUGUCGGGAGAUCAUCGAAUCUCGAUCGCUAUAAGAUCGAUUUUCGAAACAUCAAUCUAUACUCGCUCGAUACGACCAAUCGAAAAGGGUUCCGGUUUGCCGGCCUGCCCCGAGCGGAAGAGUUUUAUUCGUGCAAGGAAAACGCCAUCCCCAUCAUACACGAUACAAUCUUUAGUUUGGAGAUUUGUCGUGCGCACGCCUGUGAGCAGCAGCAGAUCGGGACCGAUGAGGAUGGUGAUGGAUUUCGUAUUGUUGGUUGCGUGGUGAAGCCGCUACGGCUUUCGCUCAAACGUCAGCAGUACGAACAACUGCUAGAAACAAUCGACAAUCUGUUCAAAAUACCGAAAGAUCUGGUACGUCCACCGAGUGAGGUACCGACAACGCUCGAAAAAGUCACAGAAAUAGCGGAAGAAUCACUUUCCUUCCAUACCUUCCCAAUGCCUUCGAAAGCCCGGCAAGGUUUGUUCUACCAAUCGAGCUUGGACGUCGAUCAGCGUUCAUCGGCGGCCGGUGGAUCGUCCGCUGCCAUCGGCAUUCGGGUACACUUUGAGCUGCCAGCAUUUAUCAUCCAGCUAAAUGGCAAUCGUAGCGAAGCAUUGGUACAGAUCUCGUUUCGAGAUUUCUGUGUCGAUUUCGACAAGCGCAACCAGUAUGAAACGCACGUUAAGAUUUCGCUUAGAUCCUUGCUGAUGGAAGAUCUGUUGCAGUCAGAUACGGCAAAAAAUCGGUACAUGGUAGUGACGUCGGCAGAACGGGAUUCGCACACGGAACGGCUCAAUGCGUGCUCGUUCGCCUCCCAUUCCUGUCCGAAUCCCGUUGGGCUGCUGUUCGGUAUGGGAGAUGGUUUACCCAACUCGUUGCCAACCAAUCUGGAAGAUAGGAUGGGAUUUUCUUUUCUCGCCACCAACAAAUCACUCUGCCCCGAUACACCCCCACCUUCACCGUCUGUACAUCGGCCACCGGGUGGAUCACGCUUGCAACCGGAGGAAAAUCUAGUCAUCUACAGCUCCGUGCUGGUAGAUCCGGCCUGUCCAACGUUUGCCACCCAGUUCGGUUCCCUGGAACAGUCCAGCUUGAUCGAUUUUAACAGUCUCGAUCUGAUCGUAUCAGUUGAAAGUUGGUUCGUGCUUUUAGAUUUUUUCGGUCUUCUAUCGGACGACAGUGAUGGAACAUCUGGGUCGGAAAAGUCACCCCAACCGUCCCAACACUCCGAAUCACUAGGUGAUGGUGUUCGGUGUCAGGACGGUACAGAAGGUGCAGCUGAAAACGUUCUCAACGAACCUGUCAGGAAAACGGUUUCCGGUCAGUCGAAACUUGAAAUAUCGGUACGAUCGUUAAGUUUGGUACUAGCAAAACCUACCAGUGAAAUUGCCAAAGCAAACGUUUCCAACGCACAACUAACGAUUUCGAAACGCGGACAAGCGAAGCAGGUCGGGGGUAGCCUUGGUUCGAUAACGCUAAGCGAUCUCACCCCGUACGGGACGUUAUACAGGGAAAAAUUUAUGACAACCGGUAGCGAAGCACUUAGCUUUAUGUACGUACGCGAUGCAGCAAAGGGAACGCUUAGAGGCUUGCAAAAAGAUGCACAGCUUACGAUUACAAUGGCAUCGGUACGAUACAUUCACACGAAGCGGUUUAUCGCGGAGAUACAGCUAUUUUUCAAGGAGUUUUCCCAUCUGCAAACGCCUAUGAUGCGAAAGAUCAAACCAUCAGACGUUCGUGCCUACCACAAUCAACGUCCGACACAGCUCGGUCUUUCGAUCAAUGCAGGAGCACCGAUCAUUCUGCUGCCGAUGAGCUACAACAGUGAUCAAGUCAUUGUGGCCGAUUUGGGCGAAUUUACGUUAACGAAUGAGUUUCGCCUAAGUGCUGGAGAGCGCGAAGUACUGGAUGUGAUGCACGUAAAUCUGCUCCAUACGGACAUUUUUGCAGCACGCAUGGAACCACAAGCGGAGGAACGUUUCAUGACGAUACCGUCAGCUACGACAACUGUCGGUGGGAUCGAUAUGAAGGGAUACCGGCUGGUGAAAAAGGGUCCUAGCUUGCUGAAGGAGAAGUGUCAUCUUAAGCUUGAGGUGGAAAGGAAUCUUGAUUCCCUGAACAGCCAUUUCGUACCCGAUAUAAGUGUCCAUGGUAGGCUGUCCAAGCUGGAUGCACUCCUCGAUCUGCAGCAGUACCGUUUAAUACGAGGCUUUCUUUCGCACAAUCUUGGUGAAUCGAUCGAUGAGCUGUAUCUGCGUGCCUUCUCCAUUCCCAACAGCACGCUCAGCCUCAAUGCGGUCGAUGUAGCGGAUAUGCAGGAAGAGGUCUGGAAGAAUCUUUCCAUCCAUCUCGAGCUGCUCGAUGUAUCCGUGCGUUUGGUACAAACGAUCGAUGAUGAUGAUUGCUGCUAUGGUACCAAACCAUUGGCUUGUGUAAAUUUCAUCAAAUCGAAGCUGUUGGUAGAUUGUUUUAGCGAUGGAGCGCAAGACAUUGACCUGGUUUCACAAGAAAUCCAAUUGAUCGAUACGAGAUUUUUGCCUGAAGAGUGCGAAUGUCCGAUAAAAGCAAGUCCCGGUCUACCCCGCCAGCCUGCCGGAAGCAGCGAAGUGUUGAACGUGUUCCCGAACAUUCUACAACCAAUACGUGGUGAACCAGGCACGGAACUAGUGCAGGCAGAAAUACACAGCCGCCGGCGUAAGGAUCUGACCAAAUUUACCAUCCUGCUGAACAAUAUGCGUCUGAUGGCGAUUUUGGAUUGGUUGGAGAAUGCGCGUGAUUUCAUACUGCAACAGGAAGAUCCACCGCCACCGUUACCACUGUUGGCAGACGGAAUCGACAGCGGUGGUGGGAUGAUGCAAUGGGGAUCGUACGAUCGAACAAUCGAUGCAGGACUGCGCAAUGCCGUCCAAAGAGUACCGACACCGGUGGAAGACAAUCGAAUGGAACUGAAGCUUAACAUCACCGACUCGGAGCUGGUAUUUGUGGAGAAAACGGAUCAGUACGACACGAAUGCUGUCAUAUUGAAGAGCACAACCGUUGUAUCGUACCGUCCGUUCGAAGUGAACAAAACGCUUUCCAUCAAUCUGAACAAUUUGGAAGUGUUCUCCUGCAUAUUGGGCGCCGAAGAACGAACCGCACUGUCCAUAAUCGACCCGGUUACGAUCAACAUGGACGUGAAGAAGGGCGUAUUGGAGAUUCAAAUGCAGAAACAGCUGUGCAUUCGGCUGUCCUAUCACGAUGUGCGCAUGUUCCGCCAAAUGUUGGAAUCGUUGCCAAAGCAGACGAAAAAUGCUCGCGAUCAUAAGCAACAGCAGGAAGAGCAACAAAUACAUGAUCGUAGAACCAGCGACAGUAGUUGGAAACGUGUUGGAAGUGUGGAUUCUGCUGCUGUUGCUAUCGGUACAAUGUCCAUCAAUUCGAAAGCGGUAGAAAAGUUGGUCCACCUCGGAUUCCGACGCGAGGAUUGUUUAGUUGCAUUAGAACGUUGCAGUCAUCAGCUCGACGAAGCGGCACUGUGGUUGACGCAGAACAAAGAACCUCGCAGACAUGAUGAACGUGGUCUAAUGCAUAGCAGCAGUGUGGGAAGUGCGGAAAAGCCAUCGGGAGCUUCCGGUGGUGGGGGUGGUGCACUAAACAUCAGUGCCAUUGAGCUGAAGUCACCCUGCAUUUCUAUCUGCGUUAUUGACGAUUGUCGCGAUGCGGAUGUACCGUUGGUGGAGCUAUCGCUAAGUAAGCUAGAUCUCCGGCAAGAACUUGGACAGUUACACGGUUCCCAUGUAGUGCCGGACCCACCAACUUCCGAUCCGAAUGUGCCGGUUGGAGUGGAUGUACUUGCUGUUACUUUUUCCGGCUAUAAUGCAGGUCGUAUGGCCGGUGUGUUUGCGGUGGAUUAUUACAAUCGGGUGCUGAGCGGCUGGGAACCGAUGAUAGAAUCGUGGAAGCUCGAAGCAAAAUGGGGCUACAGUUUGGCGAUCGAUACGGAAGCGGGCAAUCGGUUAAAUAUGCGCGUGGAAAGUAAUGAUACGCUGCGGUUAAAUAUAACGAGCACGCUGAUUGAACUUUUCGCGCUGGUGAAGGAUAACUGGAUGCAGGAUUAUUAUGUCGAAUCGGAUGGAACAAAUGGGAAAAUGGGAAAUGGUGGAUCACCGCUAACUACGACUGCCAUCGCCAACUAUCGUCAGCGUGCUCCGUUCAUUCCUUUCGCUAUUAAAAACGAUACAGGCGUACGGUUGUGGUACACGACGCUCAUUUCUUCCGAGCUGACAUCAUCUACACGCGGUCGGGGUGGUAUCGUCGGUUCGCUGCCGAACGUGCCAGCGGAAGCGAGCUGGACAUUGGUCGAACCGGGCGGUGUUGCAACGUUUUCGUACGGUACGCGUAACAAAGCGCGCCAUCGCGACAGUCACAAGAUGAAUCUGCAUCAGAUAGCGGUACGGGUGGAUGGAUGGCAGGAGGUGGGUCCGGUGUCGGUCGAUCGGGUCGGUACGUACUUCCGGCAUGCACGUCCCGAUUUGUGCAGUACGGCGGACUAUUCACAAACACCACGUGCGCGUCUCGUGUUCGGUGUGACGAUGGAAGGUUCGGCGCAGAAACUGAUUACCGUGCGAUCUGCUUUGAAGCUCAUAAACAAGCUGGAACAGCCAGUUUUGGUAAAAAUGGAACAUCUGUUCGGGCAUCUGAACAUACGCAACUGGCCCGAAACGAAAACGGCGAUACUGCAUUCAAACGAACUUUUAAAUGUACCGUUGACACACGUACACGCGGUACUGUAUUUCCGGCCGUUGGUUGGACCAGUACUUGAGGAUGCGAUGAGUUCGUUAACACCGUUAGCACCCUCACCCGUCCCAGGCUCGCAGGCAAGCAGUUCGAGCGAUGGGUGGACACUUUUGCAGCGCUUUGACAUUCCGAAAUCGGUCGCACAUGGUGGAUUUCAGUUUACGGACCGUGGCAUCCAGUGGACGGAUGCGAUUGAACCAGGCGAAAUUUAUCAGGAACUUCGUAGCUGUCGUGGACCGCGUGAUAAAACGUGCAAAAUGCUGCUAGCUAUAAGGAAGGAACCGUACCCGAGCAAGGAUGUGAUCCAUCUGCCUGGCCAUGUAAUUACAAUCUUCCCACCGAUGCGCAUUCACAAUCUAUUGCCGUGUGAUUUGCUGUAUCGAUUACCGUCUGGUAGUCAGGGACGAAUUUCAUCCUCGGAAACCGCACGCAUAACCGAAGUGGACAUUGAGCAGCAGAUUGGACUGUCGCUAACGCUUGACAGUUAUCCGAACGCGGGACAGAUAACGAUACCGGCCGGUACGUACGGUUCAACGACACUUGACGUGCGGCUGUUCGAUAUGGGCGGCCGUAUGUUGAAGCUGUCCGCGACGAUCGUUGUGGUACGGGGGCGCGGUGUGCAGAUAUCGAUCGCUGCACCGUACUGGUUGGUGAACCGGACCGGUUUACCGCUCGUGUUCCGUCAGGACGAUUUAGACACGGAGUGUUCGGGACAGUUUGGUGAAAAUGAAGAAGCGCGCAUGAUUACACCGUUUAUGUUUGCGUUCAGUGAUCCGGGCUGUUCGGGCAGUGUGACGAUGCGGUUGGGACGACGUUUUGGUAACAGUCCAAACUGGUGCCAACCAUUCAAGCUAGAGCAGGGCACACAACAUCGUCAGCUGCGUGGACCAUCGGAAACGUUUAUUAUCGGUAUUGAGGUUCGGCGAGCGAGAGGAAAAUAUGGUCAAACUUCGAUUGUGACAUUUUCGCCUCGCUAUCAGCUGUACAAUCGAAGCAGUUACACACUCCAGGUGUUGCAGAAAUGUCUCGUUGAUAGUACGACUGUGUACGAUCCAACAGCAAGGACUUCGUCGUCGUCUCCGGCAUACAUUGAAGCUGUACCGGGUUGUCACAUUCCGUUCCAUUGGCCGCGUUUAGAGCGUGAGCACGAACUUUGCGUCCGAUUGCCUGAGGUGGCCGAAUGUCUUUGGUCGGGCGGCGUACCGAUCACCAGCACUGGACUAAGUCUGUAUAUCAACAUCCGCAACAUGAACGGGGCGAUGCAUUUUUUGCGUCUCGAAACGAUUCUACACGGUGCGACGUACUUCAUGAUCUUUAGCGAUGCGCAAGCGUUACCGCCUCCGAUCCGGUUGGACAACUAUUCGCACGUACCGAUUACCUUCUCGCAGGCGGAUAUGAAAGCUACAUUUAAAACGAUCGUACGUCCCCAAUGUUCGAUCGCGUACGUCCUGGAUGAACCGACCGGUGCGCCCUACCUCCAGCUGGAAGCACCCGGUGGCGAUUAUUCCAACUGUCGGCUAGAUGGAUUCGAACCGUUCCGGCUGAUGUACGAAAACUUUAUCUACAUCGCGUUCAGCCAAACGUUUGAGAUGACGACUGGCGGCGGGAUCGGGGAGGAGGAGAACGAUCGAUUUGAGGUGCGCUCGCAACAGCUUGUUCUCGGAGUGAUCGAGGGGCGGGUGGUGCUGGUACGCAAACAGGCCGGCGAUCGGUCUCAGCUGUGGCGCAUGAACAACGAAAAGCAGCUCGAACAUGAAGGAACAUCCCCGCCAACGGAACCGGGCCGUAAGCGGCCACGCUACGUGCUAGAUUUGGAGAAACCACCACAACCCAUGCAGUGCAUUGGGCUCGUAGUACGACCAGCUAACCGGCAGAGACGUUCGACCCAAACCUGGCACUUCACCGAAGACGGUCGACUGAUGUGCGAACAUUCAAACAUGUGCGUACAGGCACGUGGAGGCUUUUUUGGGCUACGGGCCGGUUCCGAAGCGGUACUCGGGAUGUGUGUGUCCGACACGAAGGUACUUACCCAGUGCGGUGUACCGUACGAGCAAGCAAUCGAACGGCAAAAACUACGACCCGGAUCCGGCUGUCUGUCCGUUUCGUACCGUAUGGACGGACCAAUUAAAUCCAUCCAGAUCCGGGAUGUAAAGACCAGUGGUCGGGGUGAACUUACGCUGGAUUCAAGCUGGAAGCACGUGUCGCACAUAUUUAAUGGCGGCCGCAGUGUAUCAUCCGACCAACCUGGGAAGAACGUGCAGGAGUACCACGUGCAGCUGAAACUACGUAAAGGCAUCGGACUUUCGCUUAUAUCGAACCAACCGUGCGAAGAAUUGGCGUAUGUAACGCUCGAAAACAUUCACAUGGAGUGUAUCCGUACGCCGGCCAUAAAUUCGCUCGACUUUUCCGUGGGUGAUAUGCAGAUCGACAAUCAGCUGUUUGAAACGUCCUGCCCGAUCAUGCUGUACACGAUCGGUGGGAGUUCGCAAGAGCAGCAGUCAGGAUCGUCCGCUGGAAGCUCCUCGUUGCAGCUGAACGUGAAGCAGCUACCGUCGCCAAACACAAAUGCGAUCAUUUUCGAACACUUUAUCGUUAGCAUACGGCCGGUGGUGGUUUAUCUGGAGGAACGGCUUUUCCUGCGGUUGGUAAAGUUUUUCGGGUUCGCCAAAACGACCGUCGAUCCGACGACGCUGCCGGACGAAACGGAUUACGAGGCGCAGAAAAUUGUGUACAAAGUAUUGGACAACAAUGUGAAGCGGUACUACUUUGGUGAUUUGCGCAUCAUUCCGGCCCAGAUACGGCUUAGCUUUGUAACGGCUAGCAAGCUUACGGCGGAGUUUGCCGAGAUUAAGCGCAAUCUGGGCUUCACGUUCAUCAAGUUUGAGGAUGCGGUCAUUAAUUUUGAACAGUUUGCGCACAAGUACCAUUUUGAAACGUUGGACGCGUACCUCAGCGCUAUUAAGGCGCACUACAAGCAGGAACUCAAGUGGCAGGCCGCCUCCAUUUUGGGUAGCGUAGACUUUCUUGGCAAUCCGCUUGGGUUUGCUAACGAUCUGUCAGAAGGCUUCAGUGGUUUGCUGUUGGAAGGUUCCAUCUCAUCGCUGGUGAAGAACGUCACGCACGGUAUCUCGAACUCAACCGCCAAACUAACCGAAACGAUCUCCGACGGGCUCGGUAAGGUUGUGUUUGACGAUGAGCAUGUAGAAACGCGCCAACGCAUACUGGACGUAUCGGGUGGUAGUGGUAGUGGAACGACCGGCGAUCAUCUGGUAGCCGGUUUUCGCGGAUUCACCUUUGGACUGUUGGGCGGUGUAACGAGCAUCGUAAAACACACCUACCAAGGUACAGCUACCGACGGUCUUUCCGGUUUUAUUACGGGUCUAGGCAAGGGUUUGGUCGGUACGGUAACAAAGCCCGUGAUCGGUGUGCUGGAUCUUGCGUCCGAAACGGCCAAUGCGGUACGCGAACAAAGCAAAGGUUCGAACCGUAUCUUACCCGAGCGGAAGCGACCACCACGUACUGUUACUGGUGCACCGGGUGGAUUGUUACCACCGUACUCGUACCUGCAAAGUACUGGCCAACAGUACCUGUUCUUGAUCAACAAGCGCAACUUUUCGGAACAAUUUAUGGCGUACGAACCGUGUCUGCUCGAUACGAAGGAUUCGAAGAUGCGGCUCCUUGUGUCGGCCGAAAAUAUGUGGGGCUUUUCGAAGAACGACGAAACGACGAUGAUCGUGUUUAACUAUCCGAUGAGUGAAAUUAUCUCGUGCCAACCGCUUACGGUACAGCCGCAGGAUCAGCAUCUGGCGGGCUCGCAAGGCUCGGGGGGCCGUUCGAGUGGUGGUGGUGGCAAGAAACCGGUCGUGACGUACAUCGAGUUCUGUCUAUCGCUUCCAUCGAAAUCAUCGCUUACGCCGAGCGCACCGGAAAUGGUGAAAAGGCCACGUGUUCGCUGCCAGAAUGAGGAGAUUGCGAAAAAGAUUUGUUACCAUGUAAAUUUUGCAAAGUGUAUCUACGACGAGCGAGAACAAACGCUAAACAUCAACACUGUGAUCGAAUAGUGGCGCUGCCGC